CAUUGACCAAAAUCAAGCCUGUAAAUUAUAACCAUGUGCAUAAAUUAGUUUACAUAUAUGACAAUAAAAUUAUAUAUAUUCAUAUAUAUAGUAUUAAAACGAAAUAUAUCAUGAUGAGAGUUACGAGGAGAUUUGGGUCAAUUUGGAAUAGUGUUUUUAUCAUUAUCGUAGUAUUUAUAUGUACAUCAAGUGAAUUUUGGCGAGAAAACAAUUUACCAUGUAAAAAUCUUGGAACAUUUUGUCGUAAAUUACCAUUUAGUCAAAGAUGUUGUGAUACAACAGUAUGUGAUUUGAAAGCACCAUUUUCUGGUACAUGUGUACGAUGUUUGAAUAAGGGUAGAUUUUGUUUACGAAGUCGUGAAUGCUGCAAUAAUUAUUGCUUUUUCUUUCAAUGUCGUUAAUUGUAAUUUAAUAAAAAUCAUUUGUAUAAUUUAUUCAACCAAUCAAGCUAAUCAUGUAAUAAAUAUACACAUAUAUACAUAUACACUUCAUUAUUGUUCGUUCUACUUAUUUAAUAUAUUACUUAUAUGCAGAUAAAUAAAUAUAAAUGCAUAACAUUCCUAUCUAUACUUUUUUUUUAAACCAAUCAAGUACUUGUAUACUAUGAAAUCACCAGACGUAUUUUAAUCCAAAGGUCUUGAUAACCCAUGACAUAAAAACAAACCUACUUCUC